GCACAGCCGCGGUCAAUGUGGACCGAGGCGGAGACCUGGGUGCUAAUCAGACUUUGGGAAGACCACUUGCCGCAGCUCCGCGGCGAGAAACACAAUGCAAGGGUGUACGAUGCAAUCGUCGUAGCCCUUGCGCAGAACGGCAUCGUCAGGACUCGCCGACAGGUGCAGACGAAAAUAGACAACCUGACACAAAGAUACAGAUCAUUUCAAGCAUGGAGGCAGGCACAUGUGCAGAAGAACGGCCAGAUAUGCCACAGCCUUCCAAUGACAGCAAAGUGA